CAACUCAUACACAGCCAGUCACAUAAACAGACAAAACAAAAAUGGGCGAAAAAAUUGUGGACUUUAGCGUUUUGGAAUUCGCGAAUUAUAAUGAAUACCUCGACUCGUACAUAACCACAAAAGAUCGCCGAUAUUUGGGUAAUCGGGCUAUAACCAAUUAUAUUGUUAAGCUGGGAUAUCGUUCGACCAAGGCGCCCUACAAGGAAAACGAGUUCGAAAAACGACGUGAGCUCGCCCUGCUAGCUAUUAGGCCGAAAAUAAUGGGCAUACAGUAUUAUGGUGAUUAUUUGGACCCAGAGAAUAAAGAUCCUGUGCUUUUGGAGUUUCGAAAGCGUGAGAAGCCCAAUCUAACGAAGGUUUUAACGAGCAUCGUUUUUACAACGUUCCACAGGAACGACGGAUCGGAGAUUUCUGGAUAUUUGGACCUGGACAUGAGUUGGCGCAACGCUAUGCGAGAGGCCGUCAAGCACACUGACUGGCGCGGCGUUUUUGAAGGGCGUGUUCGUCUUAAGCCCAUGCCCCAUCACCUGAGCUACAGCAAUCCACACUAUAAUAUACUGAAGUAUACGCCGAGCGAUAAUUUCAGUGUGCUACACGAUCACGACUAUGGCCUUCUGUUCAUGCAUAAGGGUGAUCACAAGAUCAUUUCUGUGGGGAAUCAGAUCACCAAAUACUCGAAGAACGCCUCACGCACCAUGGUCUACUCCCCCAAGCUCGGCUAUGUGAUCUUUUAUGAUCACAUUGUGCGCAAGAAGGUCUAAGAGAACUCGACUCAUUUGCCUUUUGACUUUUUUUCGAAUGGGGUUACAAAUUGUAUGCGUGAAGAAAAUAAAAGCACAUCAAAUAUUUUCUCAAACA